AUGACCCACCAGAAGGGAGUGAACCUGACGGACGUCAGGGUGAAGGAUGCUCAGGAGUUCAUCCAGCUCAGACCCGGCCAGCAAGGCAGCCUGGAAGACAUGUGGCAGGUCAGGAUCUCCACCCGCAUCCAUCCCUCUCCCCUCCGUCCCGUCCCUCACGGCUGCCUUGCAGAGUGCGGGCUGCGCCCCGGGGCCCUGCGGGUGGUCGGGGGCAUGGAUGCGGCCCCCGGGCGCUGGCCCUGGCAGGUGAGUGUGCGCCACGGCUCCCAGCACCACUGUGGAGGCUCCGUGCUGGCACCCCACUGGAUCGUGACGGCGGCAACUGCGUGCACAGGUAGCGGGGAGCUGGGUGCCCGUCCUCAUCCCAGGCCUUGUGCAGGGAGCCCUGGGGUGAGGGCCAGGCGCUGUGGUGCUCUGUUACCCGUGGUGCUCAGUUACAGGCGGCUGCACGCCUCCGGCUGGCUGGUGGGUGCCGGUGUUACUCGUGGCUCCAUCGAGCAGGAGGCUGGGGUACCGGUGGAGAAGGUUAUUUACCACCCGCUCUAUAACGGCAGCAGCCUCGACUAUGACAUUGCUCUGAUGAAGCUCCAUGUCCCCCUGAAUUUCUCUGAUGCCAUCCGUGCCGUGUGUCUGCCACCCUCCCAUCGCGACCUCUUCCAGGGCACCCCCUGUUGGGUCUCAGGCUGGGGCUACACCAGACCAGACCAAGCACAGCCAACGGAGACUCUGCAGGAAGCGCUCAUUCCCCUAAUUAGUACCAGGAGGUGCAACAGCUCGUGCAUGUACAAAGGAGAGCUCACGGCCAGGAUGCUGUGCGCCGGCUACCCGCAGGGGAAAAUAGAUGCGUGCCAGGGGGACAGCGGGGGCCCCCUGGUUUGCCAGGACGAACUCACGUGGCGCUUGGUAGGUGUAGUGAGCUGGGGCCAGGGCUGCGCCGAGCCCAACCACCCCGGGGUUUACACCAACGUGGCUCAGCUUCUGCCGUGGAUUUAUCGCACCACAGAGAUCUACUAGAAGCAAUGCAAGGAGAGACGUCACAGAGCAACAUCUUGCCCCUUCCGAAGGUCCAGCUUCAUACUGUGUUACUGUAACCAUAAGAGAAUGAGUCCCGCCAGGCAACACUAGAAAACAGG